AUGGCUUUUUAUAAAGUUAGUAAUAAUGUACCAACUGAAGAUGAAACAAUGGAUAAAAUACUAAGUGAUAAUGUUGUAUCAUUAUUUGUCAAUUUAACCAAAGUAUAUUUGAGAUCAUUAGGUAAUCUUUCAAAAAAAUAUGCAGAACAUUCUGGUAGAACAGAUGUACAAUGUUCAGAUGUUCAGAUGGCAUUACUUGAAGUUGGUACAAAAAUAGAAGAUUUAACAAAAUAUAUUAAAGAAAGUUCACAAAUAUCAGAAUAUUGUUCACAAAAAAAUCCUAUGAUUUAUCCACAAAACCCUGAACCAGAAAAAGUUAUGCAAAUUGGUGAAAAAAAAACAUCAUUAUAUGUUCCAUCAUUUCUUCCACCUUUUCCUGAUCCACAUACAUAUAUAAGGACAAAAAUUCAAUCUGAACCAGAAUGUAAUUAUGUUAAUGUUAGGAUAACAGAAGGAAAUAAUUUAAGAACAAGUCAAGAAUCUGUUAGAGAUUAUAUGCUUAGAAUACACCCUACAAUUCCUUUAUUUCCUAAGUAUGUUACAAAGGCUGAGGAAGAGUCUAAGAUAGAAUAUUAUCAAAGGAAGUUAGAACUUUGUAGAGAAUUUGUCCCUGAUUUCAAGGUGAAUUAUGAAAGUAACUAUUUAAAUGGUACUCCACCAUUAGAAGACUUAGAAAUGGCUGAGGAUGAAUUUAAACAAAAACUUAAACAACAAGGAUUAUCUGAACAUUUAUAUUAUACACCAAUAUCCGUAAAACAAUUAGUUUUUGAGAAAGUCCCAACUUUUUCAUUACUAUUAGAUCCACAACCAGAGCCUUGUAAUUACUUAAGAGCCAUGCUACCAAAUGACAAUGUUAAUGAGGAAGAUGGAACAGAUAUGUAG